AUGCUCUCCUCCCGCGGUAAAAAGAACGCAGACUCCUUCGACAUUCCCUGGCGUUUCGCCGUCGCCCCAACCUACAACAAGGAAACCAAUCCCGAAGGCAUCAUUUGCUUCGGGAUGGCCGAACACGUAAAAUUCACCACGGACUCUAUCUGCUACCCCUCAAUGGCAACCUCCAACCCCCUCCCUGCAGCCGCAGCAUCCCACAUAAAUAAAUAUUUCAACCCGCUUUGCCCCGUAACGCCCGACAUGAUCGUCAAGACCAACGGCUGCUCGGCGGCAGGGAACAUGCUGUCCUUUGCGCUUGCGGAGCCCGGCGAUGCCGUCCUGGUAAGUAAGCCAGUGUAUGGGCGGUUCGAGCUCGAUUAUGGGGUGCAGGGGGGCGUUGAGGUUGUCUAUGCGGAUACGGAUGUCGAUGAGGCGUUUGGGGUGGGUUGUGUAGAGAGGUAUGAGGAGGCGCUGAAUACGGCGCAGGAGAGGGGGUUAAGAGUGAGGGCGGUUGUCGUUGUGAAUCCGCAUAAUCCUGUUGGCCGCUGCUAUCCGCCAGCAACGCUCAUUGAGAUCAUGAAGUUCUGCAACAGACACCGGCUCCAUCUGAUCAGUGAUGAGAUCUAUGCACUGUGUGUAUUCGAGUCUGGGAACCCCGAGGCAGUCCCGUUUUCGUCUGUGCUUUCGCUUGCUACGCCGGAUAUUAUAGAUCCAAAUUUCGUGCAUGUACUGUAUGGGUUCAGCAAGGACUUUGCAUCUGGCGGCCUCCAUAUCGGCUUCAUAAUCUCCCAGAACGUCGAGCUCCGUCGAGCUUGCUCGGCGAUGCUGAGAUUCCACAGCCCGUCCUCAGCGGCUGAGACGAUAGGUGCUACAAUUUUUCAAGACGAGGACUUCGUAUCCAGAUUCACAGAGAAGUCUCGACGGGAUCUUGCCUAUUCGUACCGGAUAGCUACUUCGAUCCUUGAUAAAAAGGGAAUCAAUUACGUCAAGGGAGGAAAUGCUGGCUUCUUCCUUUAUAUCGACCUCUCGCCAUACCUUUCACUCACCAAGGAUAGCUCACUACAGUCCCGAGAACGCGAAUUCGCACUCGCCCAGAAACUCCUUGAUAAUGGGCUCUUCUUACAUCCGGGCGAGGAGCAUGGGAAGGAGCCGGGGUGGUUCAGACUUGUCUUUUCGCAUGAUGAGGAUACUUUAAGGGAAGGGCUACGGAGGCUUAUCAAGACCGUUAAAACAUUAGACUUAGGCCAUCAAACGAAAUAG